AUGACUAAUGCUAAGAAGGUAUGGAGUGAGUUUGAGGAGCGUUUUGAUAGAUUAAAUUUGACUAGGAUAUUUCAUUUGUGGACUGAAAUUGCUACUUUAAGAGAAGGUACUGAUUCUGUCACUUCAUAUUACUCUAAGAUGAAGGAUUUUUGGGAUGAAUUAGAUGUUUUAGCUCCCCUGCCUUCUUGUGAUUGUGAGGAGUCUUUACAUUAUGUUUUGUAUUUAAGAUCACAGAGGUUUCUGCAGUUCCUUAUGGGACUUAAUGAGUCCUACAGUAAUCUAAGAAGUAAUAUGCUAGCAAGGAGACCUAUAGUGUCAGUAAAUGAAGCUUAUGCAACAGAUUUUAAGAGCAAGAAGAAGAGCACACAAUUUAGUGGAUUCAGACCUUUUGCUAAUUCUACAGUAGCAGGAGAAAAUGUGAAUUCAUCAGAGGGACAAGGUCAUUUCUUCACUGAACAACAAUACAAGCAGAUUCUAAAUAUGAUGAAUAAGCCAACAUCAAGUGACAGUGCAGAUAACAUAACAGGUAACAUGGCAGAUAUAGGGGCAUCAUAUCAUAUCACACCAUAUAAGGAGUUACUGACUACUUUUAGAACAUUGAGAGAUCAAAACACCAGUAGAGUUCAAGUACUUACUGGUGAUAGAGCAGAGAUCAUAAGUAUAAGAGAUGCAUUGAUUUUAGGAAGCUAUAAGCUUGAGAAUGGACUCUUCAAUGGGAAGGUUAUGGGGAUUGAUAAGGAAAAGGAAGGAUUAUAUAUACUACAAGAAGCAAUAAAACCCGCAGUAGGAGCAACAGUUCAUAAGGAGGACAAUGGUGAAAAGCUAUGGCAUUGGAGACUAGGGCGUCCUUCUAUUGGAGAAAUGCAACACAUUGCAGAUGUCAAGAAUAAAGUAGAUGUUGAACUAUUAGAAUGUUGUGAAAUUUGUCCCUUGGCAAAACAGAGCAGAAUAAAGUUUCCUACUAGCAACAGUAGAUCAAGUAGUCUUUUUCAGUUGAUGCACCUAGAUGUAUGGAGUCCAUACAGAAAACCUACGUAUGAUAAAAUGCACUACUUUGUUACCAUAGUGGAUGAUUACAAUUGUGUUAGAACUGUUGUGUACUUGAUCAACAGAUUUCCAUCAACAGUGCUGCAAGGGAAAACACCAUUUGAGUUGCUGCAUGAUUGCCUAGAGGUGACAAAUUCACAUCGAGAGCUAGGAAGACUGUAUUUGUGGGAUAUUGAGAAACACAGAAAGGUUACAAUUUGUAUAAGCCAGACACAUGCAGGAGAUUCUCAUGCUCAACAUCCUACAAGUGCAGAACUAAUACCUGAACCAGGAGAAGAAAUGCCACGAGUGGAAAGUUCAACCAUUGAUUCACCUAAUCUCUCUGAUGCAGCACCUGACAUAGAAGAUGUAGUGGAUCAACCACAGACACAUGAAGCCCCUACAACUGCAGUAUUUGACCAAGCUGAGACACAUCCAGUUGAGUUGACAACAAAAGCAUAUAAACACCAUGAGCAACAUGAUUCUGUUCAAGCACACACACAAAGGAGACCAAGCAGAACAAUCAGGCCUCUAAUUUGGCUUAGUGACUACAUCACUACUGUCAAGCCAAAGGCACAUUGCUCCUAUCCUAUAUCCCAAUAUGUGACCUACACUCAUCUCACUCCCACCUACUAA